AUGUUGUAUCUUGUUAUUUUCGAAAUUGUAUAUUCCAUAACUGAUGUUGUUGUUUCACCGGUAAAUAAAGAGUUAAAAACAAAUUCAGAAAAAAAUAUAAAUUACAUUUCAGUCAAUUUAUAUACACGAAUCAGUUUAUAUGGUAUUCAUCAAUGAGAAAGAUAGAAUUGUUCACAAGACUGUUCUCCGGUUUUUUCUAAUUCUUUAUUGUGGAUGCUUUGGAUUCUCUUUAUGUGUUUUCUCUAUUCAAUUUUAUUACCGUUAUCUCGUUAUAUUAGGAUCAAAAUUAUUAAAAACACUCAACGAUUGGCGUUUUAUAUUCUGGGUUUUGUGCCCGUUGGGUUAUGGUGUUAUCUGGGCUGUUGUAUCUAGUUGUAUUCUUUAUCAAACUCCAGAAGCCAAUGAAUUUGUGAGAAAUGUGAUUCUAAGAGAUUUCGAUAUGAACAUCGAUGAUAUUAUAUUUUAUGGAGCUUACUUUUUUCCAAAAACUAGUGAUGGAUUAUAUCAUUUAGAUGUUCGUUCAUUUGUUGGUGUCACUAUUUUCUGGAUAUUAGUUAUUAGUUCGCUAACAAUUAUUUUAUUCUGUGGGAUAAAGUGUUACACACGGAUGAGAUCAGUGAUGACACAAUCCACAAAAUUUCGAAAUCUGCAGAAUCAAUUGUUUUAUGCUCUUCUGGUUCAAACAAUAAUACCAAUUGUUCUCAUGCAUAUCCCUGUUUCAUGUUUAUUCAUAUUUCCUUUAUUUGAAUUGGAUGUUGGUAAUAUGGCUGAUAUUUUAGCAGUUACAAUUGCACUUUUUCCUGCAAUUGAUCCACUCCCAACAAUGUUUAUUAUUAAAAAUUAUCGUAUAACUAUAUUAGAAUUUAUCUGUUCUUGCCUAGUUCAGACAAUUGAACAUUCAAAUACUCAUUUACAAGAUGUUUAUGCUUUGAAUUGA